AUGAAGUUUCUAUUGGUUUUUUGUGCCUUUUUGAGCAUCGCUUUUGCUUGUAAAUGCCAAGAUUUAUCGGCGAAAGACGCGUUUUGUCGAGCGACAUGGGUUUCUCACCUUAAAGUAAAGCUUCGAAUAACGAAACAACCGCUGCCCGAGGGAUCAACCCGGAAAGGACUCAACAAUUUGCGAUACGGUGUCGAGCAUUUGCAAGUGUUCAAAAAACCCUCGAAUCUCAGCACUUUACCCAACGAGAUCUUCACUCCAAGUGAGCCGCCAGCUUGCGGAUUGAUCGUUGAGGCUGGACGGGAAUACCUUUUAGCUGGUUCCCUAAACGGUGACGCUUUGUACACAGUACUUUGUGGACAGAUUCUCCCCGAUAAUAAACUCGGCGAAACGAUCGAGUCGAGACUUGAAUGGAAAAAUAUUCCCAACGGCUACGAGAAAGUGUUACAAGGAUUUCAAUGC